CUGGACUCCUCCCGCGUUGUGUUCCCGUCCGCCUGGGGUGCUGACACCGCGAAGAUCCCUGCCGGCAGCUCCCCGCCCCGGAGAAGGCGCCGGGGACGCGGGCUCGGCGCGCCACCGUCCUCAAAGCCAGUCCCCUCGCAAACACACACCUGUCCAGGCGCACACGCCAGGUGGGCCCAGCCUGGACACACACGGGCAGUACUGUGCCCUGUUGUCUCUCACUCAGAACUGUACCUACUGAGCACGCAACAAAUACCCAGAGACCCCGGGCCGCCGGCUCCGCGAGCAGACAGUGCACGUUGUUUAGUCGGCCAACAAGAUGGGCAGGUCUCCGGGGACUCGGGGCUCUGGCGAGGGGCCGACAGAUGAUGAGCAAACAACACACCGGAAGCACUGGGAGGUGGCAGGAGGCGCGCUCAGCGCAGAAGGGAAGAAGCUGGGAGAGGGCUGCACCCCGGCCAGGGGCACUGGCACCCGCACGACCUCGGAGGCUAAAAUCGGGACGUGUUUAACAGACCCAAAAAAAUGAGCGGCCUUCCAGAAGCUCAGGAGGGAUAAGAAAAUGGGUCUGUCCUACCAGAGCGUCCCCAGGCCUUCACUGCAGCAGGCACACUGUGGCCGCUGUGGAUCCCGGCGGAGAACAAGUCACAGGUUCACCAAGCCUCCUCCAAGACGCAGGCUCUCCUGAGGCACUGCCAGGACAGCAGUCCACAGCCACCGUGCCCUCUAGCUCACAGCAGAGAGACCGCAUGUUUGGAUCUCUGCUGCCCAAACUGUCACCCAUAAAACAGGCAUCACUUGCUUGCGCUCCAGUUUGAGAUCCCGGAUGUGAACAGCUACCGUGGGAUGGGCACGCUGGGCACGGAAACACCAAGGGAGGUGGCAGCCGCAGCACCCGUGACUCCGUAGCGGUGCCUGGUGCAAAGCAGAUGCUCAGGAACGUUAGCCGCUGCCACCCCGGGCAACAGUAGACUCUGGAGGCCAGGGGAAGGGGGCACGGACCGUGUUGGCUUCAGUCUCCUGGAGCUGGACAGUUUGAGGGGGGCCCAGAUGUAGACCCUUGCUUGCCUUGGGGAUGUGUCAUCAAGUCUACAGAGCUCUGGGGACAAGGUCUCUUGCAGCAAACCUUGGCCUGGGCAGGAGGAGCUUCAAGGUCACAGCAGAGGAAAGCCAGGUGGCUCCCACCCCAUGCCCUUCUUUUGGCUCAGCCUCUACUGCUGCCCGCCUGGGUGCCACCUUGGUACCCUCUCAAAGGAUGAGGGGGCUUCGCUGAAACGGUUAAGAGCUCGUGUUGUGCUUCUUUUUCUUUCUUUAUGUCCCUAGAGACCCUGCUCACCUUUCUGUGCCUACCCUCCCCACAGGCUCCCCGCUCCUUCCCCACAAGCUUCCUUAAAGGUCCCUUGUGGCCAGUCACAUUUUGGGUGGCCCAUAGAGGCCUCACCCUGCCUGGAGGAUUCUCACCCCACAGAGUGGGCCCUAUACAGGAUAAGGCCGGUUCCAGCAAGAUGUUCUCAGGAAAGCAGGUCCUGGGGGACAAAAGGACACCCCUCUUUGAGGGCACAACGCAGGGGCAGCUCUAGAACCUUCCAUUCUAGAAUCUGCCCCUGCUUUCCCAGAGUCUGCCCUGCCCCCCACCAGUCCACACCUGUGUUACUUCCCACCCAUAGCUCUCAGCCCUGCUCAAUGCCCCCAUCCCAUCAGCCUCCUCCAGCCCCGUCUCACUCUAGCCCUUCUGACACAAGUCAGGCCUCAGCCCUGCUCCUCCACCCCAACUCCCUGCACUGAGCUGGCGCACCCCGUCCCCUUCCACGACACCCUGCCCUCCAUGAAGGGCAGUGCCAGGCGAAAGCUGGGGCAGCAAAACUUCAUGGAGCAGGUGCGCGAGUGCAGGAACAAGGGCUGCCCGCUCUCUCCCAGGAAGAUCAGCUCUGGGACCUUCUCCAAAGUCGACCUGGCCUCCGCCUCACGUGAGCGCACGCAGCACAACGCCAAGCUGGCCUCUGACCUGCGGGCCAAGCGCCGCGCCAUGGUGGCUAUCAAGAUCAUCUCCACUGCUGAGGCCCCUGUGGAGUUCUCCCAAAAGUUCCUGCCUCGUGAGAUAUCAUCACUCAACGCUACCUAUGAGCACCUGAAUGUGGUGCAGCUCUACGAGACCUACCAGGGCUGCCGGUGCUCCUACUUGGUGCUGGAGCUGGCAGCCCGCGGCGACCUGCUGCAACACAUCGACUGGGUGUCCGAACAGCGCUGCAGCCCGGGGCUGGGCGAGCAGGGGGCCCGCGGCCUGUGCUGGCAGCUCGUCAGCGCCGUGGCCCACUGCCGCGGCUCCGGCAUCGCGCUUCGGGACCUCAAGUGUGAGAAUAUCCUGCUGGGUGACCGAGGCCUCCUAAAGCUGACCGACUUUGGCUUCGCCAGCCAACCGGGCUUCAACAGCUCGCUGCUGAGCACCUUCUGCGGCUCCGUGGCCUACACAGCCCCGGAGUUCCUCCUGAGCAAGAAGUACAACAGGGAGCAGGCCGACCUGUGGAGCCUCGGCAUCAUCCUGUAUGCCAUGGUGACCGGGAAGCUGCCCUUCAAGGAGCGCCAGCCCCACCACAUGCUGCACCAGAUGCGCCGUGGCCCCACCCUCAGGCCGGGCAUGUCCCCAGAAUACCAGGACCUGAUCCGGGGCCUGCUACAGCUGCGCCCGUGUGCACGCCUGGGCCUGCAGCAGGUGGCCACGCACUGCUGGAUGCUGCCCGUCACACGUAUGCCCUUCGGCACCAUGCUCAGGAUGCCGCCAGGGAAGCCGGCUAAGCUUGAGCACACAGAGCCUGGCAGAGACUCGGAGCCUCCGGAGCCUCUGAGGCAGUGCCCCCAGCAGAGGGGACCUCACCUCGAAAGCGCUUUUAGGCAACCGCCUGAGCCCCCUGAGCCCACAGAGGCCGGCUCAAGAGGAGGCACAGGCUCUGCCCAGCUGGGGCUCUGGAGCAUGAGGCCAGGCAGCCUGGGGGUGGGUGCCUCCAGGUAGCUACCAUGGCUGAGCUCCCCACCUGCCAUCAGGACCAUGCCUGGGCACUACCUGGUCAACUGAGCACGGGUGGGCACAGGCGAGGCCAGAUAAAGCUUUUAUUUUGUGGA